AUGACCAAGGUCCGCGACAUCGGAUUCACCUGUUUGGGCACCAGCGGGGGAUCGUAUCGCUUCAACGUCAUUUUCGUGCACGGCCUACGGGGUCACCCGAAGCGAACCUGGGGAAGAGGUUCAGACGAGACGUCCCACACUCCGACAGCGACAGCGACGGCGAGUGGUUCCCGUGAUCGGUCCUUCAAGUCAUUCUUCCGAAGAAGUCGGCCGAGCCCCGAUACAACGCCAGAUGUCGAACUGCAGAAGCCUUUCUGGCCUGAGGAAUUCCUGGCCCAGGAUUUACGCGAAGCGAGAGUGUGGACGUACGGAUACAAUGCGAAUGUGAUUGAGGGUUUGUUCCAGGCAAGCAACCAGAACAGCGUUUCGCAACACGGGCGGGAUCUUGCAGCCCGGUUGGAGUGGGACGUUGAUAAUGAGGAUCCUAUUGUCUUUGUGGCCCAUAGUCUAGGUGGAAUCGUUGUUAAAGAUGCAAUCCGCAGAUCCGAGGCCUGCCGCUCGAGAACGCAGUUCAUCGUUUUCCUCGGAACUCCGCAUCGUGGAAGUCAAUAUGCCGGAUGGGGUGUGAUUGCAUCCAAUCUCGCUAGCUGCGCAUUGCAAAAUGCAAACAAGAAGGUCGUCCAAACGCUGGAAGUAAACAGCGAGGUCCUCGACAACAUCCAUGAAGAAUUCGUCAAGAUCGUGCUCGAGACCGGCCUCAAGAUCCACUCGUUCCAAGAGGGACGAGGGUUAUCGGGUGUCAAGGGCUUUAGUGGAAAGGUUGUUGACGACUUCUCUUCCAAAUUCGACCUUCCACCCACAAUACAGACGGUUGAGAGCAUCGAUGCGGACCACAGCCGCAUGACCAAGUUUUCUGAUAAGGAUGACCCUGGUUAUUGCGCUGUUUUGGGCGUCCUCAGACAGUUUGUGCGGUCAAGCCCUGAGCCGAAGACCGAGCAACAGGUGGAGGCCAGGGUUGAGGCAACGACUGUGACACCGGCAAUUGAGAUGGACCCGAGGACAAGCGCCUCAACUUUCUUCCAUGUUCCGUUCUCCAUUAACCGCCAGUUUGUCGGACGUACAGAGGUGCUCCAAGAGCCCCAGAGCAAACUUUUUGAUGGCGACGAAUUCCAAAGAGUCGCACUCGCCGGCCUUGGAGGCAUCGGAAAGACCCAGAUUGCCAUGCAGAUUGCCUUCUGGGUCAGACAACACAAGCCCGAUUACUCUGUGUUCUGGCUGCCCGCACUGAGUAAUGCCAGCAUUGAUCAGGCGUGUGCAGAGUUCAUGGCGGGGCAUGACACCCAGCAGGAAAGGCCGACCAACCCGAGAGAAUCGUUUGGGCAAUAUCUGAGCUCGCCUGGUGUCGGGAAGUGGCUCCUCAUUGUUGAUAAUGCCGACGAUAUGGACCUCCUGUUCCCCGCAGGAGCGGUUACCCAGCACGUGGACAACUGGCUACCAAGAAACGACCAAGGUCGUAUACUUUUCACAACACGAUCGUCCAAACUCGCCUUCAGAGUGAUCUCUGACCCACAGUACGUAAUCAAGCUAUCAGAGAUGGGCCUGAGCGAAGCAAAAGAUUACUUGAGGAAAUCACUCUACCGUCAAGAUUCUCUCCAAGAUGAUAAAACCGUGGUUGAACUCCUCGACAAUCUGGAUUACCUGCCACUGGCCAUCAAACAGGCGACCGCUUACAUGAACGAGAACGACCUGACGAUUGCAGAAUACCUCGAGGUUCUGCAAAACACUGAAGACGACAUGGUUGAGUUGCUACGCAGCGAGUUUCGCGAUGAUACGAGGUACAUGGAGAGCGAACAGUGUCAAAACGCCGUGGCAACAACCUGGGUGAUAUCUUUUCGCCAGAUCAGGGAGAUUGACCCAUUCGCUGCCGUUCUGCUUUCAUUCGUGGCAUGCAUAGAACCAAAGGCAAUUCCCCAAUCGAUGCUGCCGCGGCCAGAGACGAGACAGCAAUUGACCAGCUCUAUUGGGACUUUAUGCAGCUAUGGCUUCUUGAGCAAAUACGCUGACGGUCAAAUGCUCGAAAUGCACCGUCUGGUACAUCUGGCAACGAGGACCUGGACCAAGAGUGAACGCAUCAUGGAGCGCAUGGCACAAUUUUCUGCAGCGCAUUUCAAUCAAAUAUUCCCGUCUGGCCACUGGGAAGACCGUGAGCUGUGGCGACAAUAUCUGCCGCAUGCUCUGGCCAUCAUCCGAGAACACGGGGAGGAUGCACCCCCGAAUUAUCCAUAUCGCUUGAUUCAUUGCGUUGCAAGAUCCCUGGGUCGUGAUGGCCGAUAUAGGGAGGCACUUGGGAUACUCAAGCGGCCAGCUGCCAUGGAAGAGCAGCAAUUUCCUGACAACUACGCGCAUCGAACCUUACUCGCUGGUGCAUACUACAAUAAUUCGCAACCCCGAGAGGUAAUCAGACUUCUCGAGCCCCUUACUCAACACCCGAUGAGAACACUGCCAGAGAACAGCCUUGAUCUCCUCAACAUGCAAUUUUGGCUGGGAUUGGCUUAUCGCGCGGUUGGGGAUCUAAAGAAGGCAGCCCGGCUGCUUGAGCAUGUGGUAAAGCUGCUCUCCGAGCUUCUACCAGAAGGGGAUGAGCGGCGAUUGGCAUCGGCAAUUGAACUGCAUUUAGUGUACCGAGAGAACGGCAAGAUAGAGGAGUCAAUGCGGCUUCUUGAGUCUGUGUUGAAGGUGGCGAGACGGUCCUUCGAUGAGGAUGAUCCCCUAACCCUUAGGGUACAACACAACCUUGCUUAG